AUGGCAUCGCUUUGCCCUAUAUCCCGUGAAGAUCGAUUUGCCCCUGAUCCCUUGGCAACACUGCCCAGUUGGAAAAUACAACAGCACUAUCAGAACCGUGUGCUGGUCGGCAACUGGGCAGAGGAAAGGGAGAAGUUCAUCAAGGGGACUUGCUUCGGGACCACCACAUACCGAGCUGACUACAAGCGCUAUCCAUACACCAUGCCAGAUAUCAGAGAGAAAGUUCUAAUCCAGAAAAAGCAUCAGGGUGUACCUAUUACAGUAUUAUUCUCUCAUCACAACGUUCCAUGCUCCUGGUACUACGUUACUCACUACGAUGAACAUAUUAAUCGGCGUCCAAACCCAUGUUUGCCUCCACUUCGUAAAUGGAAUGCGAGGCGAUCAGCCUGGGUCCCAGAGCGUACUGACUUCCCAUUAAUAGCUCCUCCUACAAAUUUUGGCCUUUUGGAGGAGAAGUUAGCUAAAUUGAAGAGAAAAGAAGAGAACCAGCCAGCGGCAUAUGACACUAUCUACACUCUCUCCUAUGGUCCCAAAUCCCUUAUUCCACAAGAGCCCAUAAGUAGCUACCACCAGCCUGUCGGGGAAAAAUGA